AUGAAGUUCAUGACAAACAACUUCAUGUCACCUGUCAGAGUGUACUUUGCCUCUCACCCAGUGACCAAUGAGAUAGGCAGCAGCUUUGAUAAAAUAAUGAACAGUGCAGGAUCUUGGGGACAGAUCCUAAAGUCCAUCCUGCUUUAUCUCUGGGGCGUUUAUUCUGCACCUACACCAGCUGGCAGACACGUCCUGACUCUGCUGUCGCUCUGUGCCGCCCUCGCCAUCAUUACUGGCGGCCUUCUUUACCACUGGCUAUGUGAAACUCUAAAAUACAACCACGAAGUGUCUCUUCGGACCUGCUGCGCCUACAGCGUGUCCAUGUUUCUGUUCUCAGUCCUGUGUCACCCUGCACGCUGUGUCCUGAUCAUGACUCUGCCCACAGCCUGCACCAAGCAGGGACGCAAACUGAUGAUGUCAGCCGCUGUCAUGAUCCUAGUGCUGAACAUCCUCCCUAACAUCAUAGUCAACACAGGGGCAGUUGUGCACAUCCUGAAGUGCACCACUGAGGGCUUUACAAGGACUCUGCUGAACUCGUCUGGGCCCCUGAACAAGGCGAAGCAAGAUCUUGUUGCAGAAACCAUCAAAGUGAAUAAAGAAGACAUGAGCAUUGUCACAAAGUUGAGGAAGUUAGAACAUUUUACUCACAUUGAUCUUUCAGAAGUCAAAAGUAGAUUCUCCAACAUGAGUGCGGAGAUAGAAAUCCAUUUUUCACACGCUAGGAACAUGUUGAAAGAGUGCAAACUGCUGUCAAACCGGAUUCUUGCUGCCAUUUUUGUUGCUUUACUCAUCUUUGAAUCUGCACGGUACUUGAAAUAUUAUCUGACGUCAGUCCAGUUUGAUAACAUCUACGUCUCCGAAGAGAUGCUGCAAAAAGCAAUGCCUGCAGACAGCACAAGGCCAGCUAAAAGCAAGAGGUGUCCCACAGGCUGCACAAUAACUACCCAGGAAUGCGCCUCCUGCUUCAUAUCGCUGGUCAUGGUCACAUUAUAUUUUGCUGCAAUCGCAUUAGUAGUUGCUAUGGAUUAUAUUGUCCAUUAUGUUGUGCAGAUGAUUGUGCCGUGGCUGCUGGAUUUUCCACCCACAACUGCGGUGCUGAGUGUGACUUACAAGGUGCAGUGGUUCUCUCCUGCCUUUUGUAUUAUCCCACAGUCCUGCACCAAACAAGACCUUGCAAACUUCCACAGGGACUACAAGUGGACCUUCAGCCCUGAGCCGUCGUUCUGUGACGUAAAAAUUUCACCUCCAAACCUGAGAGUGACGGUCCUGCUGGGAUGUCUGUGGAUCAUCACCUACUCUCUGGUGUUCCUCGAGGUCUAUGCCAGACGGCUGCGAAGGAAAAUCUCCGGAUCUUUUUUCAAAAAACAGGAGGAUAAGAGGAUUUCUUACUUGAUGAAGAAAAUCCAAAGGAAGCAAAAAGGAGAAGAGCUGCAGACUCUUUCUGUAGCCCUCGGGUGAACUGUAGCAUUCAUUCAUUCAUUUAUUAGUUCAACUUUCACUUCAGCCUUGUUGAUUACUCAUUGCAUCAUUCAGUGCUUUUGAGCUUUAAUUUCUGCAAAACUGAAGCUAGAACAUCAUGUUAAAGAGUCGUUACACUGCUGGCCCACAUUCACACUUAAAGGGGUCAUAUUGUGCAAAAAAAUAC